GUGCUGGCUGCCUCGGCAAGGAGGCCGAGUGGCCUGGCUUCCCGGGAGGAAGACACCGAGUAGGGGAUCCUUCCAUGUGGCUCCUCCGCCUCGCCGCGGGGGCUGAAGCCGCCUUUCCCUCCUCCUAUUCCUCUUUCUCGCAGGGGGUGAGCCCGCUUCUCCAGACCGCAGGGGCCACAACCUGCCGGGGCGCCUCUUUCCGUGGCUUGGGCCUUUCCCCGGCCCCGCGCCCUUGCUGGAGGGCUCUGCACUGCUCCGAGGCCGCGCUUGCCGGCUCCAGGAACCCGCUCAUGAAGUUCAUCUCCAAGAAAAAGGGAAAGAAGAAGUUUUGGUAUGAAAGUCCUGCUCUAAGCUCUCACCUGACACCAAAGCCAUCCAGUUUGGCAAACACGUUAAAGCUUGCUCCGCCAAAGUUUAAGAAAGAAGAUAGCACACGGAAAAAGAUGCUGAACGUCUUGUUAUUUAAAGCUGUGAGAGACGUCUUGAGUACUUGUGAUGCCGGCCAGGAAGUGUAUGACCUCUGUGUCGAACUGUCCAAGGCAUCUCUCACAUCAGAUUUUUCAAUAUGCCGAAUAUAUUGGAGGACUACUGGCAACAUAGAGCAGGAUGAUCAUAUCGAGAAGGUUCUGCAGAAGAGUGCUCCACGUAUAAGGCAUCUUCUGAUCACACAUCAAAUCAUGGGAAAUGUUCCUUCAAUAGUCUUUGUUAGAGAUAAGGCAGAUGCUAUUGUAAGAGAGAUUGAGCGGUUGUUGGCGACUGCUGAUAUGGGGCCAGAAGAAGGAGAUGUUGAAUUGGUUCUUAAUGAUCUCAGUGAACAAAGCUCUGCUGCGAAUGACAUGUACUUGGACUCCUCGGCUUCUUCUGUUCAUACUAAUCUGUUCGGAAUUGAUCAUGAGUCAUUAAAUAAGCAAAUACUUGAGUAUAAAAGAAUGAAAAAGGACCCAGAAAUAGAAGGGAUUGGGCUGUCAGAGCAACAGCAGCAGCAGCUAGCUGAGAUACGAAAGCAAAAGAAAAUGAGAUGGAAAAAAACCAAGAAACCCUUUGACGAUGAUAUUACUCCUCAGAAAUAUCUAAUGGACAAAUACAGUGAAGCUUAUUGGGAUCAUGAAGUUGCAUCCUCACAGGAAAAUCAACUGGAACAUGAAUCAGAUGAAACUGAUAAUGAAGUGGAGAUAGAUAGCAGUACCACCAAGGUUAAGUAAGGAUGAACACAACAGUGACUUAGUUUGUUGUCAUCGUUCGGGUUAAGAUUUGGAGGUCUGGAAGUAUACUUUGAAAUCACUCUUAUUUCUGUUCCUCUUACCCAUUUACUUCUUUUUCUUGUAUGGAUCGCAAUAAUUUGCAGUGAUGUCCAAAUAAGACAAACAACGACCAAUGCAAAAUACGAUUUACCUGCAAACUAGGAGCAGACAACCUAUGGUUCUCCAGAUGUUGUGGGACUGCAAUUCUCAUUACCCCUUACAAAUAGUGCUGGUGGUUUCGAUCCCAACAAUAUUUGGAAGGUUGUACUUUCCCAGCCCUGCUCUAAACCGACAACUAAGCAUGAUUUGAAGAGAAUUCCUAAUUAUGUCAAAUAAAAGUUUGCGUUGAGAGGCUAUAGCAAAUUAUUUCUUAAUAAAACUAAGGGAGAAAAGAGCUGAGAUUCA